AUGGAGCCGACGAGAAAGAAGGUAGUUGUCAUCGGAGCUGGAGUCGGUGGAAUUGCAACCGCGGCCAGGCUGGCACAGUGUGGACUGGAUGUCUCCGUUUACGAAAAGAAUGAUUUUGUGGGAGGGAAAUGCAGUAGCAUCGUCGAAGAUGGUCAUCGCUUCGAUCGAGGCCCGUCUCUCCUGCUUAUGACCGAGGUCUUUGAGGAAACAUAUCGACAUCUGGGAACUUCCAUGUCCUCGGAAGGCGUUGAGCUGCUCAAGUGUGACCCAAACUGCAACUUCUACUUUCCCGACGGACAAUGUUUGACGACUUCCACCGAUCUUGCUCGAAUGAAGCGCCAGUUAGAGAAGGUGGAUAGUCGGAAUGGAUUCCAAAGUUUCCUCUCUUUCCUCGCGGAAUCCCACCAUCACUAUCAACAAAGCAUCCCUCAUGUGCUCAACAAGGACUUUGCCAAUUACUUCGCGCUCCUACGACCCGGCUUUUUGCGCUACUUGUUCAAACUGCACCCCUUCCAUACCGUAUGGCAGCGUGUUUCGCACUUCUUCCAGCCUCAUCAGCUGCGUCAAGUAUUCAGUCUUGCGAGCAUGUACCUAGGCAUGUCACCAUUUGACACGCCUGGGACAUACACGCUUCUACAAUACACGGAGCUCACCGCCGGGAUCUGGUAUCCUCGUGGAGGGUUCAACCGGAUCGCAAAGACCUUGGCCGACGUGGGUGAAAGACUCGGAGUCAAGUAUCAUCUCUCGCAGCCCGUCGCCGGCGUGUCAAUCUCCUCGGAUAAAAAGGCACUCGGAAUCAAGUUGGACACCAAACAGCUUGUCGAAGCUGACGCGGUGGUGGUGAACGCGGAUCUCCUCUACGCUUACGAAGAACUGCUCCCCUCCCAGAAAUCCACGCCGGACGUGACAAGGGAAAAAGACGAUGUCUCCUGCAGUGCAAUUACAUUCUACUGGUCCAUGUCGCACCAAAUCCACCAGCUCGAGUCUCACAAUAUGUUCGUGGGACAACCCACUGGAGAUCGAUUUCCCGAUGUGUAUUGGAAUCGGGACCGGAAAUCCAUGCCAUCAUUCUACGUCCAUGUGCCAUCCCGAACCGAUGUCUCCGCGGCCCCAGAGGGGAAAGACACCGUGAUGGCUUUGGUGCUGGUGGAAAACAUUGACAUGUCCGGGUUGGCGCAGCACGACCUGACCAGUCUCAUCACCGCGACCCGCGAAUACGUACUUUCGUCUAUGCAGAGUCGCAUCGGAGUUGACCUCCGUGACUUCAUCGAACACGAAACACUGCAUUCACCCACCACCUGGCAUCAAAUGUUCAAUUCGCACCGCGGCUCGGUGUUCGGACUAAAUCACGACUUUUUCAACAUUCUCUCGUUCCGGCCCCACACCAAACAUGACGUCAUUGACGGGGUGUACUUCGUGGGCGCGAGUACACAUCCCGGCGCGGGUGUACCGACGUGUCUGUCGGGUGCCAAAAUUACCGCUGAAAGGAUCUUGCGUGACUUGGACGUUCCGAUCGCCUGGGAGAGCGUGGGGACUCGAUCGCGGGAAGCAGUAACGGCAGAAGCGAGCAAAGAUACGGGGGUGGAACCGUUGCGCGCGGCGUGGAAACAAAUCGCGCUUCUGUCAGUGGUAUUCGCGAUGGUCGCAGUUUGGCGAACGUGA